CCUGACCUAUUUCUCCUCUCCGCCGCUCCUCUUUCGCUCUACUUCUUAUUCCUUCUCGUGGGUCGUGAUCCUUCUUCCCUGCGCUCGUCGAGUUCAAGAUGAGGGAGAUCCUGCACAUCCAGGGCGGGCAAUGCGGGAACCAGAUCGGCGCCAAGUUCUGGGAGGUGGUGUGCGCGGAACAUGGGAUCGACGCCACCGGCCGCUACGGCGGCGACACCGACAUCCAGCUGGAGAGGGUGGACGUGUACUACAACGAGGCCAGCGGCGGCCGCUACGUUCCGCGCGCUGUGCUCAUGGAUCUGGAGCCCGGCACCAUGGACAGCAUUCGUUCGGGGCCCUAUGGCCAGAUCUUCCGCCCUGACAACUUCGUCUUCGGCCAAUCGGGCGCCGGGAACAACUGGGCCAAGGGGCAUUACACAGAGGGAGCGGAGCUCAUUGAUGCUGUACUCGACGUUGUCAGGAAGGAGGCCGAGAACUGCGACUGCCUUCAGGGAUUCCAGGUUUGCCAUUCACUCGGUGGUGGAACUGGUUCUGGCAUGGGGACGCUUUUGAUAUCUAAGAUCAGGGAAGAAUACCCAGAUCGCAUGAUGAUGACAUUCUCUGUCUUUCCAUCACCAAAAGUAUCUGAUACAGUUGUUGAGCCCUACAAUGCCACACUCUCCGUUCAUCAGCUUGUUGAGAAUGCUGAUGAAUGCAUGGUGCUGGAUAAUGAAGCUCUUUAUGACAUUUGCUUCCGUACCCUCAAGCUCACGACCCCUAGUUUCGGCGAUCUGAAUCAUCUGAUAUCGGCCACCAUGAGUGGGGUUACUUGCUGUCUCCGUUUUCCCGGGCAACUCAAUUCCGACCUCCGAAAGCUUGCAGUCAAUCUCAUCCCUUUCCCUCGUCUUCACUUCUUCAUGGUUGGAUUUGCUCCUCUCACCUCUCGUGGAUCUCAGCAGUACCGAGCUCUCACUGUUCCUGAGCUCACUCAGCAGAUGUGGGAUGCCAAGAACAUGAUGUGCGCUGCUGAUCCUCGCCAUGGGCGUUAUCUGACUGCAUCAGCAAUGUUCCGUGGCAAGAUGAGCACCAAAGAGGUCGACGAGCAGAUCCUUAAUGUACAGAACAAGAACUCAUCUUACUUCGUGGAGUGGAUUCCAAACAAUGUGAAAUCUACCGUCUGUGACAUACCUCCCACCGGACUAAAGAUGUCAUCGACCUUUAUCGGAAACUCAACUUCAAUCCAGGAGAUGUUUCACCGCGUCAGCGAGCAAUUUACUGCCAUGUUCCGGAGGAAGGCAUUCUUGCACUGGUACACCGGAGAGGGAAUGGAUGAGAUGGAAUUCACCGAGGCAGAAAGUAACAUGAAUGAUCUGGUCGCUGAGUACCAACAAUACCAGGAUGCAACCGCGGAUGAUGUUGAAUACGAAGACGAAGAAGGUGAAUAUCAAGAGGAGGCUUGAUAAUCCCUCGUUAGGAUCCGUUGCCAUCUCAUUUACUUCGUUCUAUAAACUGAACAAUGCCAACGGUGGUCAUUCUCUUUUGUAGUUUGAACUUAUGGACUAUUGUCUGAAUGUUCUCGUCGAUGGUUCUGGACUGUUUUCUGGAGUUAAUUGUCUUUUUUGGCUUCCAA